CCAGGACAAGAGCACAACAAAACGGCAGAGCCGCGCAAGGGCGCGAAGCGAACCAUGUCUCGCGUGCCACCCCCGUCCUCGCGAUCCUCCCUGAAGGAGCCCUCGUCUCGUAGGGGCGGCAUACCGCUGAAGGAUGUCCUCCAAAGCAGGAGAGCCUCCAAGACGGCCAUGGUGAAGCCCAACCUCAAGCCCACAGCGGAGGCAACAACAACUUCCAACGAUGACAACAUCAAGGUGUGCGUGCGGAUAAGACCGCUGAACGAGCGGGAGGAGAGGCACAGCGCGACUCCCGCGUGGGCUUGGAAGGAUAACACCAUCGCCCAGACCAGCACGGUCUCGAGGAACAGGCAGACGGGAGGUGUCUUCACGUACGAUCACCUGUUUGAUCCUGUGAGCAGCACGGAGGAGAUCUACGAGAACGCCGUGAGGAGGGUGAUACUGGCGACGAUGGGCGGGUUCCACGGUUCGGUGUUCGCGUACGGACAGACCAGCACGGGGAAAACGCACACCAUGCAGGGGACCGAAGACCAGCCAGGGGUGAUCCCGCUGGCGAUCGAGGAGUGCUUCUCAUACGUCUCCACCAGCAAUGACGACAGGGAGUUCCUAUUCCGCGUGUCCUACCUCGAGAUCUACAACGAGCAGAUCAAUGACCUUCUCUGCCCGGCGUCAACAAUGGCCAAUGUGCGCAUCCUCGAGAGCAAGAAGCUGGGGGUGCAACUGCAAGGGGUGAAAGAAGAGGUGGUGAUAAGUCCUCAGCAGGUGUACGCCCUUAUCUCGGCGGGAGAGGCUCAGCGACACGUGGGUUCUACGGACGCCAACAAGAACUCUUCCCGGUCCCACACCAUCUUCCGCAUGGUAAUCGAGAGCCGGAGUCGAUCUUGCAAGGGGGGGCGGUCUGUGGUGAGCACGCUGAGCCUGGUUGACCUGGCGGGGUCGGAGAGUGUGCGACUGGCGAACACGCACGGGCAGCGGCAGAUCGAGGGGGGGUUCAUCAACAAGUCGCUCUUGACGCUCGGAAAAGUGGUUAGCAUGCUCACGGAGGAAGCGGACCGGGGAGGGUACAUCCCCUACCGAGAUUCCAAGCUGACGCGAUUACUCCAGCCAAGUCUCGGCGGUAACGCGAAGAUAACCAUCAUUUGCACGGUCACGGGAGCGCUGUUGAGCAGCGAUGAAACUCACAACACCCUCAAGUUUGCCAACCGCGCCAAGCGAAUGAAGAACCACGCCGCCAUCAACGAGGUUUCCAAUGAGAAGACUCUCCUCAAGAAGUACGUGGAGGAGAUUGCCGAGCUACGGGAGGAGCUGGCGCGGGCUAAGGAAAAAGCGGAAGAAGCUGCAGCGUUGCCCCCCGCGAUGGCCCGGCUAUCAGCGUCCCCACACUCCUCCAACGGAUCUCACUCUGUGAGGACCCCCGGAGGCGGCGAGGGCGGCGAGAGCGACGUGUUCGAUGAGGUGGACGACACCGAGAUGCAGCUUCAGAACACCAUCACGCACAUCGAGCGCCUCAUCCUCAGCUCCCGGAAGGUGAAAAAGCUGGCGCCGGGAGCAGUCGUCUCUGCGGCCACGAUCGCGGCGCGAGAGACCGGGGGCCCUUCAGACGGCAGCGGGGGGGAGGACGUGGAGGGCAAGAAGGCGGGCGGCGACGGGGGUGGGGGCACGUCGGGUGGGAGCGACGUGGAUGAGGGCAACAGAAGUAGUCGAUCACGGAUACCCCCUAAGAUAGACCGAGCGGACCUGCUCACACGGCGGCAGAGCACGAGCUUCUUCGACACGAAGCCAGUCUUCUCGGCACGAGACUCGUCCAACUCCUUCACCAAGAUGUGGAACGGCGGCGGCGGCGGCGGAGGCGGGCUCGAGGCUCUGGGGGAGGAGGGUGGGGGUAAGGGGAGGAGACCAAUGACGGCGAGGGCGGCGCAAGUUCGGCGGCAGUCGGACAGAUGGGGGUGGAAGGAUGACUCGAGGGGGGAAGACGCUCUUGUACGAACACCACCGACCGUGGCGGGUAGUGCCGGAAGUAGCAGCGAGAGUCCCGCCAACGGGCGACCACCGCCGCUCGACCUUAAAGCCACGGGGGCAGACACAUCGCCAACGCGGGUGGGAGGCCUAGGCUUGAGGGCGGAAUCCGCCGCCAACUUGCCCACGAGCACCGGCAAGGCAGCAGCAGCAGCCGCGGAGCGUGCCUCUAGAGGAGGUUCCGCGGGAGCGUCGCUGGCUGGAGUAGACCUCGAGGAAGAGCUGGAGCAUGUUCAUAUGGAGCUCAGGACUUUCCUAAACAAAAAGCGGGCGCGGAAGGCGGGGGUGGUGGGAGUUGCACACCAGGAAGGCACCCCGGGGUCGGCGAGUAAGAGCGGCCAGGAAGUGGAGGAGCUGCGGCAGAAGCUGCAGGAGGUGGAGAUAGGCACGGCCUUGUCUCAGGCGGAUAGCAACUUCCUGCAGAGGGAGCUCGAGGAAAAGGAGGCUGAUAUCGCGGAAUGCAUGGACUUGUUGGAGGAGAUGGAGCGACAGCAAAAGGGCCUUUCCGAUGAGAACGCGGUCUUGAGGACCGAGAACGAUUCGUACCUUAGCGAAAUCGAGCGACUUUCUGCAAUCCUCGCCGCAAGAGAGCAAGAGUUGCUUGAUCUCAAGGGCGUCAGCGCGGCAGAAGAGACCUUCUAAAAGGUUGUUCUUGAAAAACCUUUUAGAAGAACCUUCUAGAA